GUGAACACCGGAAUCGCGCUCUCGGCGGAGGAAGGUUUGAAACAUGCCGAAGUUUUACUGUGACUACUGCGACACCUACCUUACACAUGAUUCGCCGUCAGUGAGGAAGACACACUGCAGCGGUCGAAAACACAAAGAAAAUGUGAAAGAUUACUACCAGAAAUGGAUGGAGGAGCAGGCUCAGAGCUUGAUCGAUAAAACAACGGCUGCGUUUCAACAGGGGAAGAUUCCUCCCACACCGUUCCCCGGUGGCCCUCCCCCCGGUGGUCCUCCACGUCCAGGCAUGCUCCCAACACCACCCAUGGCAGGCCCUCCUAUGAUGCCCAUGAUGGGACCUCCACCUCAUGGAAUGAUGCCUGGCGGUCCGGGAGGCAUGAGGCCACCAAUGGGAGGACCCAUGCAGAUGAUGCCAGGACCACCACACAUGAUGCGUCACCCUCGUCCAAUGAUGAUGCCAGUGAGGCCAGGCAUGAUGCGACCAGACAGAUAAGACAGAGUGCAUUUUGUCCGUUCUUUGCUGCCAUGAACAGACACUGUCGAGUGAGGACACUUGGAUUAACACUUGGAUUUAAUAAUGCAACUUUUUAAAUUCUCAUCCUCUCUUCAACGUGCCCGGAUGUAAUUAUAUCAUUUUUUUGUGUAAUUACUUUUUAAUUUUUGCCUGAAUCUUGGUAUUUAUUACUAUCGAACUUAUUAGAAUACAUUUCCGAUCCCUGUUUCAAAAGACCUUUUUUUUUAAAUCCUCCUCCUGUGUUAGUGUCAAGUUAAGAAGAUCUCUCACUUCGACUUACUGUUCAACACACACAUUUUAUAGAGCGUCUUUGAUUUGACAAUAUUUGUUACUAUAUUGUUUGUUUUUAGGUUUUAAUUGUUUUUGUUAUAUUUCAUUGCAUUUCUUUGAGGAAUAAAGUGGUGAUUUCA